GUGGCAAGCGUCGCUGUGUUCUUGUGGUGCGGCGGACGAGCUCCCCAGUGCAUCUAAAGAGGAAACUUAAACGGAGGAGGCGUCACCCCUAUGAGCCCCUCAGGACUACGAAACAGAAAGUUUGGAGAAAGUUCAAAAGCGCUAGAACUGAUCAAUGGCCCAGUGAAAGUUCUUGCACUGCCAUUGACUCUGGCAGGGAGUGGGUCCGGAACUUCUGAGCGACGGAACCUUUGCCUCCAGGGUCUAGGCUGCGCGAGGCGCGUCUUUGUGGCGCGGUUUCCGGGCAGCGCUUUUCCUUUACAUGCGGCGCUGUGUGGGGAGUUGCAGACGGCAAUGGCCCCGCGGGUCUGGCGUCGGCGAACCCUGGAGCGGUGUCUGCAGGAGGUUGGUAAAGCCACCGGCCGGCCAGAGUGCUUCCUCACGAUUCAAGAUGAAUUGGCAUCAAAGUUCACUUCAUUAACAAAAGUACUUUAUGAUUUUAACAAAACACUAGAGAAUGGCAGAAUCCACGGAAGUCCUUUAAAAAAACUGGUGAUAGAGAAUUUUGAUGAUGAGCAGAUUUGGCAACAACUAGAAUUGCAAAAUGAACCAAUUUUACAAUACUUCCAGGAUGCAGUUAGUAAAACCAUUGAAGACGAAGACAUCAGUCUUUUUCCAGAGAAUGAAGAGCAGGAGUGUGAAGAGGAUGGCUCAGAGGUGGAGGCUGAUGGCCAGGAGGCCCUCGAACAAGAUUUGGAGGAGGAGGAAGUGGCCGACCUGAGUGGUGAUGAUCCUACAGGGGAUGAGAAAAUGAAAAACUCAAGCACAAUUGAUCUGAGGAAAAGUCCAGUUUUCAGUGAUGAAGAUUCUGAUCUUGAUUUUGAUAUCAGCAAAUUGGAGGAGCAAAGCAAGGUGCAGGACAAAGUGCCUAGGAAACCAAGAGAGAAGUCCAUAGUAGAUGAUAAAUUUUUCAAACUAUCUGAAAUGGAGACCUUUUUAGAAAACAUGGAAAAAGAAGAGGAACAAAAAGGUGAUGAGGAGGAAGAUAUUGAUUUUUUUGAAGACGUCAAUUCUGAUGAAGAUGAAGGAGAACUGCUUGGAAGUCAAAAACCUAAGUCAGGUAAAAGUUCCAGAAACCUGAAAUACAAAGACUUCUUUGAUCCAGUUGAAAGUGAUGAAGAUCUAGCAAGUGUUCAUGAUGAUGAACUGGAUCCAAAGGAAGAAGACGAAGAAAUUGCUGAAGAAGAAGAAGAAGAAGAAGAAAGCAUUUCUGAAAUGGAUGAAGAUGAUGACUUUGAAGAAAGUGAAGACAGUAAACAACAUAAAGAAACCUCAAAAAGAGUGACCUUUGCUUUGCCAGAUGAUGAGGAAAAUAAGGAUACAAAUAUCUUAAAUGUACAGAAGGAUUCUGAUGAAGUUAAAUCCUCUUUUGAGAAAAGACAGGAAAAGAUGAAUGAAAAAAUUGCAUCUUUAGAAAAAGAGCUGUUGGAAAAAAAACCUUGGCAGCUUCAAGGGGAAGUGACAGCUCAAAAGCGACCAGAGAACAGCCUUCUAGAAGAGACUCUGCACUUUGACCAUGCAGUCCGCAUGGCUCCUGUGAUUACAGAGGAAACCACUCUUCAACUGGAAGAUAUCAUUAAGCAGAGGAUAAGAGAUCAGGCUUGGGAUGAUGUAGUACGUAAAGAAAAACCUAAGGAGGAUGCAUAUGAAUAUAAAAAACGUUUAACGUUAGACCAUGAGAAGAGCAAAUUGAGUCUUGCUGAAAUUUAUGAACAGGAAUACAUCAAACUCAACCAGCAUAAAACAGCAGAAGAAGAAAAUCCAGAGCACAAAGAAAUUCAGAAGAUGAUGGAUUCCCUCUUCUUAAAAUUGGAUGCCCUCUCGAACUUUCACUUCAUCCCUAAACCACCUGUUCCAGAGAUUAAGGUUGUGUCAAAUCUGCCAGCCAUAACCAUGGAGGAGGUAGCCCCAGUGAGCGUUAGUGACGCAGCUCUCCUGGCCCCAGAGGAAGUCAAGGAAAAAAAUAAAGCUGGAGAUGUAAAAACAGCUGCUGAGAAAACAGCUACAGACAAGAAACGAGAACGGAGGAAAAAGAAGUAUCAGAAGCGUAUGAAACUAAAGGAGAAGGAAAAGCGGAGAAAACUGCUUGAAAAGAACAACCCAGAUCAAGCCGGGAAAUACACGAAGGCAGCAGCUUCAGAGAAAUUAAAACAGCUGACCAAAGCGGGCAAAGCUUCGCUAUUAAAGGAUGAAGGUAAAGACAAAGCCUUGAAGUCAUCUCAAGCAUUCUUUUCUAAAUUACAAGAUCAAGUAAAAAUGCAAAUCAGUGAUGCAAAGAAAACAGAAAAGAAAAAGAAGAAAAAGCAGGAUAUUUCUGUUCAUAAAUUAAAGCUGUAAUAUAUUUUGAAUAUGAUGUAAAUAUUAAUGUGUAAGCUUAUAUUCUGUCAUUGUUCUGUUUUAUAAUAAAAUUUGAGAACUUUUCUUUUCAUGAA